UGUUUCAAUUAAAGAGAGCUAUGCUGAGAGGUCAAGUGAGGAGCAGCGGAGCUUCUUAGUAGUCUGGAAAUACAAAAACACGUGAGAGGAAUUGAGAAAGAGAAGCAGAGAUAAAGAGAGAGAAGAUGGUCCACCACAGAGAGGAGGAUCUGAUCGGAAUCCCCUUCCCGAAUCACAGCAGCGACGUCCUCUGCAGCCUCAACGAGCAGCGUCGCGACGGGCUGCUCUGCGAUGUCAUCCUCAUCGUCCGCGACCAGGAGUACCGCACCCACCGCUCCGUCCUGGCCGCCUGCAGUCAGUACUUCAAGAAGCUCUUCACAGUGGCCACUACUGAUGGCGGAGAUCCCAAUCACGCCGCGGCUGUGUAUGAAAUUGACUUUGUGGCUCCAGAGUCGCUCACAGCCAUCCUGGAGUUCGCCUACACGUCCACGCUGACUGUGACGGCGUCAAACGUCAAAGAGAUCCUGAACGCAGCUCAGAUGCUGGAGAUACCCUGCAUCAUCAACGUUUGCCUGGAGAUCAUGGACAGCGGUGGCGGAGGGGGUGGCGGUGGGGGCGGGAGAGAGGUGGAAGGGGAGGAAGAUGAAGAGGAGGAAGAAGAAGAGGAGGAAGAGGAAGAAGAAGAGGAGGACGAAGAGGAGGACGCGGGGUCGAGAAAGGAUGAGCACGAGGAAGAAGAGGACAAUGUCAGCGAGAGGUCGCUCCAGUCUUCCAUGAGCAGGGGGGAGCGGACGCCCCCGGGGAUGGAGGAUUCGCCACCUCCGAGCACCUCUAAGUACCACCAGCAGUUCGGGCUGCACAGGGAGACGCCCCAGUCGCAGUCUCCAGAAACCACGAGAAAGCAGGAGAGCAUUGAGACUCGAGCUCUGAAAGAUUUCUCCAUCGAGUCUCUCCUCCAGGAAGGGCUCUACCCUCGCAUGCCAGCACUGGACAGGAGGUCCAACUUUUCUCCUCUCCUCCCAGGCUUCUACCCCCCGAUGUGGGCCGCUGAGUUCCCAGCUUUCCCCCAGCAUCUCCUGGAGCCAGCCCACCACCCUCACACGGGGGCUUCACCACAAACCAGGCUCCCCCACAGCUUCCCCGCCUCCACACCACUCGAAGCCUCCAGACCCCUCGAUCUGGCCGUAAAAAGAGAGAUCAUAAAGGAGGAGAUGAAAGAUGAAGUCCCUCCCAGUAUGCUCCAAGGCGAACUGCUGAAGGAGUUUGUCAGCUCGAGCCUGGACGGCACUAUGAACGCAGGGUCAGUGCCAGCAGAGAGUCAUCCGCUGGGUCCCAUUAAGGAUGAGGCAGACUUUCGGUCGUACCUGAGUUUUCUGAGCUCCGCAUCCCACCUGGGUGCGCUGUUCCCCCCCUGGCAGCUGGAGGAGGAGAGGAAGAUGAAGCCCAAAGCGUCACAGCAAUGUCCCAUCUGCAACAAGGUCAUUCAAGGAGCUGGGAAACUGCCACGGCACAUGAGGACACACACAGGGGAGAAACCAUACAUGUGCACAAUCUGUGAAGUACGAUUCACCAGACAAGACAAGCUGAAGAUCCACAUGCGGAAGCACACAGGUGAACGCCCCUACAUCUGCCUUCACUGCAACUCCAAGUUUGUCCACAACUACGACCUGAAAAAUCACCUGCGCAUCCACACGGGCGUCCGUCCGUAUCAGUGCGAACACUGCUACAAAAGUUUCACGCGGUCCGACCACCUGCAUCGGCACAUCAAGCGGCAGAGCUGCCGAAUCUCACGCCCCCGGCGGGGACGGAAGCCAGCUGCUUGGCGUUCAGCGCCCCCCGGCACCUUCCUGUGUCCCCCUACUGCUGCGACCAACCGGUUCGAGGAGAGCAGGUUGAGCCCCGCGUACCAGGGGGUCAAGAGUCACGCACUUGGGGAGCUGCUGGGCCUCGGGAACAGAGGUCAGGGGUUUAAGAGCGCGGACGCUGCCGGCAGGGAGAGCAGGGAGGAGCUGCGGGCAGAAGGGAAGCACAUCUCGGAGGAGGAGAAGCCGGGAGCUGGGAGGCAGAGGGGAGUGUUUGCUUUUGCUCUAGCUGGAGAAGAAGUGCUUACCCAAUCGCCAUAUUAUGCUGCGACCUCUAACCCCUGGGCCAUGAGGCUGGAGCGGGCUCCACCCAUCCCUGAGCCGGCCAAAUGA